CACGCUUCGUCUUGCACGCUGGAAGAAAGAACCCGCCCGCCUCUCCGGCUCGGCUGCCCCUCGGCCUCAGCGAGCCAGGCCGGCGCCAGCUGCGCCUCUGGCUUCUGGAUCCCUUGUGACCCUCCGUCCGCCUGCAGCGCCCGGCACCGGCCCAGGAGCGCGCAGCUGGGGUGCUGCGGAUACGCUGGUGAGCGAGAGAAACCACGACCCUUGUUCCCGCUGAUCCUGCAGCCCCAGUGGAUGGAGCCCCGAGCCCACAGACCUGUCAGGAAAGAAAGAAAAUUUCCUGAUGGUUGGUCCCAGCAGGGACUCCCGGGUGGACUGAGGAAUGUCUGGCCCUUCCUCAGCGCACUGAUCUAUAUGGUGACCACUGGUAUCCCUCAGAAGAAGCCCAAAAUGAGAGGCCUGAGGUCAGCAAGUCGGUGCUAGAAAUAUUUUAGUUUCUGCAGAAACAACAGAAUGCAACCGCCACACAAAUUUGUAAGAGCCCUGGGCGCCCGCUGACCGCGCGCAGGCGCUUGCGCUCGCCGGUUCCGUUGCUCCAGCUGCAGGCCUGGCGCUGCCAUAGCAACGUCCUGGACGCCCAGACCUCUGGCGGCCGCCGCCGCCGCCGCGGAGGGAGAGUCGCUUUUCCCCCGCUCGCGAGGGCGUGGCGGCGGCGGCCCGCGUCUGGUAGAGGAGUCUGCCUAGCUCCUCCCGCGCACGCAUAGGCGGCGGAUUGGCUGCAAGCAUGCCCUUCCAGAAGCGUGUCUACUACCCGCUGGCCAGCUGCCCCGAGGGGCCUGAUACUCCUGUGGCCCGCGCGGGCUCCAUGCCCGGUCACCCUCCCAGCGCGGCAUGGGGACCCCUGCCCUUCUUCCAGUUUCGGCCGCGACUGGAAAGCGUGGACUGGCGACGUCUGAGCGCCAUCGACGUGGACAAGGUGGCGGGAGCUGUGGACGUGCUGACGCUGCAAGAGAACAUCAUGAACAUCACCUUUUGCAAACUAGAGGAUGAGAAGUGCCCACACUGCCACUCAGGGGUGGACCCAGUGCUGCUGAAGCUCAUCCGCCUGGCGCAGUUCACCAUUGAGUACCUGAUGCACUCGCAGGAGUUCCUCACCUCGCAGCUGCACAGCCUGGAGGAGCGGCUGCACCAGAGCAUGGGUGACUGCGAGCAGAGCAAGGAGCUGCUCGCCAAGCAGGCUGGGGAGAUCAAGCUGCUCAAGGAGGAGUGUAAGCGGAGGAAAAAGAUGAUCUCCACCCAGCAGCUGAUGAUCGAGGCCAAAGCCAGCUAUUACCAGUGCCAUUUUUGCGACAAGGCCUUUAUGAACCAUGCUUUUCUACAAAGUCAUGUUCAACGCCGCCACCCUGAAGAUUCUCACAUUGAAUAUAAGGCAAAGGCACAGACCGACAAGCUCCAGAAGGAGGUCGACAUGCUGAAGGAUCAACUGCAGCUGACCAGGUCUCAGUUGGAGGCUGCCCAGCACGCCCAUGCGGUCAGAUUCUCCAAGGAAUAUGAAAUGCAGAAAACAAAAGAGGAAGACUUUCUGAAGUUAUUCGACAAGUGGAAAGAAGAAGAAAAGGAGAAACUAGUUGAUGAAAUGGAGAAAGUCAAGGAGAUGUUUAUGAAGGAGUUUAAAGAAUUAACUUCCAAGAAUUCAGCAUUAGAGUAUCAAUUGUCAGAAAUCCAGAAGUCCAAUAUGCAAAUCAAGUCCAACAUAGGCACGUUGAAAGACGCACAUGAGCUUAAAGAAGACCGCCUGAACCCUCAGGAUUUCCAGAAUGUGAUGCAGCUGCUUGACAGCCAGGAAAGCAAGUGGACAGCUCGAGUUCAAGCUCUCCAUCAGGAGCACAAGAAAGAGAAGGGUCGGCUCCUGUCACAUAUAGAAAAGCUUCGAACCUCAAUGAUAGAGGAUCUAAAUGCGAGUAAUGUUUUCUAUAAGAAAAGGAUAGAAGAACUAGGCCAGAAGCUCCAGGAGCAAAACGAGCUAAUCAUCACUCAGAGGCAGCAGAUUAAAGAGUUCACCAGUAAACCGUUGGGCAGCGUCAGUGAGCCCAAAGGAAAUUCUUUAACCCGGCAACCUUUUGAAUCUAAGUUAGCUGCCCCAACUGUACCUAUGAAUGCCUCAGCCCCUCAGACUCUGGAAGCCAAAUCAAAUCUGACAGUGGCACAUGAACAGGCAUUCUCGUCGCACGUACUAGAACCAAUAGAAGAGCUCUCAGAGGAAGAAAAAGGAAGGGAGAGUGAACAGAGAUCAAGUAACAAGAGAAAUUUAAGAAAAAUUUUGAAGACAAAUCCGUCCCUCACUAAGGAAAUAAAAACAGUGCUGGAGCAGAGCUUGGUGGAGAAACUGGAAACCUUGGGCAUUAAUGCAGACAUACGUGGUAUUCCAAGUGAUCACUUGAAUAUUGUGAUGAGAACUGUGGAAUCAACAAGACAUGAGCGAGAAAAACAAAUACCGAACAUUCCGCAAAUCCGAGAGCUCCUGGAACAUCAGCUCAGCUGUAAAAUUGAAGAGAGAACGUUACCCUCCUCAGAUAAGCACAGUGUUUCUCAAAUGGACACGCUUUCAACUGGAGAACUACCCAAAGCAAUCCAGCUUCCUCCGAAAAGCAGACAGUUGGUUAGACAAAGACCUGUUUUUACUGAUAGGACGGCUGUUUCAAAAAUUAAGAAAGCUAUCAUAGAAGACCAUCCUCCCAGAAAGUCUUCAUCUACUUCGACGCCUCCCUUCAGUUCAGAGGAGGAGCAGGAUGAUGACAGCUUCAUCCAGGCAUUUGUGUCCCCAGAGUUACUUCCUGUGCAGUCUUCUAGAAGCAACCAGAAUGGCAUCGGAAAGAACAUGGUCAAAAGUGACACAGACUGGACUGAGGGAGGUGAAGUCGAGGACUCUGAUGUUUCUCCCAAGCCUACAGGAACUGCCAUUAAAACCCUAACUGGCAAAGUUGAAAAGAUGGUCUCACACCACAAAAAUGUAAAUAAACCAGUUGGUGGGAUUAAUGUCACUGAAGUGUUCAUGAUAAAAGAAGAAUUACAAGAAGAACUGAAGUGUGCAGACGUCGACGACGACGACGACGACUGGGACAUUUCAUCCUUAGAGGAAGAAAAAUCUGUGGGGAAAAAAGCUGGGAAAGACAAGAAGGACCUUUUACCCAUGAAGAAUGAGUCGAAUUCUACUCAAGUGCGAAAUGCCUGGGGUGCAUUCUAGGGGCCCAAGGGGAAGCACUUCAAGAAAUGAGUGCUUUGAAAAGCAGCUUAGUAGCUGAGACUGGGCAAGUGAUACUGAGGCUGACUACAGUUCUGCACCUCGGAGGGUUCUCCCAGAAGCCAGUGGUGUCCAAUGGCGGCCUGUGGAUCCUGCCUUACAGUGUUUCUCUCAGUAACAAGGAAGCCACCUCAGAAAACACUGCAGUCUCUUCAGUGGCAUUCAAUACAGUAUUGAUAGUCAGCAGUAUUUUAAAGCAUAUAAAGGUGUUUUACUUCCGCAGCUAAAAAUCAAAAUAAUGUGCCAUUAAAGUCAGAAAAAGUGUCUUCUUCAGAAUGGUACUCUAGUGUUAAGUGCAUUUUUUUCAACUAAUUUUUAAGUGAAACAUAUAUAUAUAUAAUUUUUUAAUUUAUGUCAGGUUUUGGUUUGAGUUAUUACAGCUUUUUUUAUAUCUAUAUUGUCACAGUGGAUGCACUGAUACUAUAAAAUUCUUUAAAAUAGCGAUAGUGAGCAGUGAAAUCUUAAAGAGUUAGACUGAUUGUUUGUCAUAGUAGAGGUUUAGAAUGAUAACAGUGUAGCUAGGCCCACGUUAAAUAAAUCUUCCUAAAUUUCCUAGUCAUGUUUAGCUUUGACUCAUUGUAAGCAUGGUGCCACUAAAUGGUUAUUUUCUGUGCUGUAAUCUUUUUGUCUUGGGUGUUUUAUGAGUACAGUUUAGCUAUUUAAAAUGCCAAUUAACUUAUCAGAUAUAAACAAAAAAGAUUGAUUAGUGGGACUGGGGAUUUAGCAGCAUAAGCACCUGCCUGGCAAGCGCAAGGUUGUGAGUUUGAUCCUUGGUACCAAAAAAAAAAAAAAAGAUUCAUUUACUACUGAAUCACAUGUGUGGGUAGUUUUUCUUUAUUUGGGCUUGAAAACUACCCAACCCAUGUUAUAAAAUACCUCAAAACUAAAUAGUUAUAUUGUUGAACAAUGAUGUUAAAGGCCAAAAGGUUCCUAUAAAAUGUUUUUUGCAUUUUUUAAUGCUUUGUGGUACUGUCUAUACUUUGUUUCCAAAAACAAGUAACAUUUUAUCUAAAUGGUUUGUUGGAUUUUAGAUCUCUUCACUUUCCAAGUUUAUCAGUAAAGCCCUCUCCAUCACA